UAUCUCUCUCCCCCGGUUUACCCCGCUUGCAAAAAGGUCUGGGAGGAUCGAAGCCAUGAACCGCAGCUGAUUGGCCUAUAGUGAGAAGUUCACCCAAGCUAUCGAAAUCGAGCCCUCAAACCACAUUCUCUACUCCAACCGUUCGGCUGUCUACUCCGCGCAAUCCCAAUACGAGAAGGCUCUCGAGGAUGCCAACAAGGCUACGGAUCUCAAGGCGGACUGGUCGAAGGGAUGGCUCCGCAAGGGUGCCGCUUACCGUGGUCUAGGCGACCUUUUGGCUGCCCACGAUGCGUACGAAGAGGCCCUCAAGCUCGAGCCUACCAACGAACAGGCCAAGACCGGUUUCAAUGCUGUCAAGAGGGCUAUCGAGGCUGAGGCCACGGCCGACGGUGUUACAGGUGACCCUAUGGGAGGACUCGGUGGUAUCUUCAACGACCCUCAGAUGUAUCAGAAGCUGGCCAGCAACCCCAAGACCUCCCCGCUCUUGGCCGACGCCGACUUCAUGGCCAAGCUUCAGCGCAUUCAGCAGAACCCGAACAGCGUUGGUCAGGAGAUUCAAGACCCUCGCUUCUUGCAGGUCAUGAGUGUGUUGCUGGGUAUUGACAUGAGCUUCGGCGCUCCCCCGGAGGGCGCUAGCUCUGCCGGUGCUGCCCCCGAGGCUGAGGAGGAUGUGCCCAUGCCUGAUGCUCGCCCUGCCGCUGCUGAGAAGAAGGAACCUGAACCGGCACCCGAGCCCGAGGCUGAGCCCGAGGACGAGGAGGCGAUCGCCAAGAAGAAGGCCCAGGAAGCUGCUGACGCCGAGAAGAAGAUUGGUAACGACUUCUACAAGAAGAAGCAGUUCGAUGAGGCUAUCGAGCACUACAACAAGGCCUGGGAGCUGCACAAGGAUAUUACGUACCUCAACAACCUUGGUGCUGCCAAGUUCGAGAAGGGUGACCUCCAGGGCGCCAUCGAGACCUGCCAGAAGGCCGUCGAGGAGGGCCGUGAGCUUCGUGCUGACUUCAAGGCUCUUGCCAAGGCUUUCGGAAGAAUCGGUACUGCACACGAGAAGCUGGGCGACCUUGCCCAGGCCAUCGAGUACUACCACAAGUCGCUCACUGAGCACCGCACACCCGAUGUCCUGACUAAGCUGCGGAACGCCGAGAAGGCCAAGGCCAAGGCCGAGAAGGAGGCCUACGUUGACCCCGCCGAGGCCGAGAAGGCCCGUGAACUGGGACAGAAGAAGUUCCAGGAGGCUGACUGGCCUGGUGCCGUCGAGGCCUUCUCCGAAAUGGUCAAGCGGGCGCCCGAGGACCCCCGCGGUUACUCCAACCGGGCUGCCGCCCUCAUCAAGCUGAUGGCCUUCCCUCAGGCCGUUCAGGACUGUGACGAGGCCACCAAGCGUGACCCCAAGUUCAUCCGCGCCUACAUGCGCAAGGCUCAGGCCUUGAUCGCCAUGAAGGAGUACAACAAGGCUCUGGAUGCCUGCACGGAAGCUUCUGAGCACGACGAUGGCACCCAUGCUCGCGAGAUCGACCAGCAGCAGCAGAAGUGCCUGGAGGCUCAGUUCAGCGCCCGUGCCGGCGAGACCGAGCAGCAGACCAUGGAGAGAAUCCAGAACGACCCCGAGGUAAGUCAUGACCGUAAACAGAGAGCUUGCAGGAUGUCUCGACUAACUCUUCAUAGAUCAUGUCCAUCCUCCAAGACCCUGUCAUGCAGAGCAUUCUGCAACAGGCCAAGAGCGACCCUGCCGCUCUGCAGGAGCACAUGAAGAACGCCCAGGUGCGGAUGAAGAUCCAGAAGCUGAUGGCUGCUGGUGUCAUUCGCCUCGGACGGUGAGAGGCGAGCAGUAUAAAUGAAAGCCCACACAUUCCUAGUAAUGCAAAUGAAGAAAAAGCGGACUGGAUUGGCACGGCGAUUAAUUGAUGUCUUUGUUUUUUUACGGCGAUUACGAUGCAUGUGUUUCUAGUGACAUGAGAUGACAUCCGAAUUGAUUAUAUAUCAG